UCCAUUCCGUUCUGCAACUUUCUUAUCUGUUUAGAGAUGGGUUUUGGAUUGCUUGUGCUGUUUUGGCCCUUCACUUGGAUAUCUGUGGAUAAUAUUUCUUCCUUCCUUUUCUUUCAUUCUUGUUCCCAUUUUUUUUUUUUUUUUUUUUUUUGCUAUAAAAAGCUCACAAAUAUCUUCUUCUGAUCUUUGGCGCUUAUGAGGGCUUUUGAUUUGUUAUCUUCUCUGUUUUUUCAGCAAUAUUUCGUCCUUUGGUUUUCGCCGAAUGUACUUAACAUUAUUCUAUUUGGGUUUUUGUCCAAAUAUUCUAGCUAAUUUCUAAAUAUAGGUAUACAUAAAAUAGAUAAAUCAUAGUAUGUACCGCCCUAACAGACACCACUUUCUUCCUUGUUUUCAUUGCCAACCCCAUGCCUAUAUCCGGAUGGUCCAGCAUCUGAUAGAGAGAUGCUUGCUGCUUCAUAUGAGUCGAGAUGAGUGCGUAAAGGCAUUGGCUCACCAUGCAAAUAUCCGUCCUCUCAUUACACUUACAGUGUGGAAGGAGCUCCAGAAAGAGAACUCCGACUUCUUCCGAGCAUAUUUCCAUACCAUUUCUCCCAAUCCAUUCCUCGCCAAAUUCACAGGGAGUGAGCGGAGCAUCGUCAGAAGACAAUAUCUCUACCGGAGGUGACCCGUUAAUAAUUUGUAAUACCAAUAUAUAUAUAUAUAUGAUGAUGAUGAUGAUGAUUAAUUAAUUCAAGCCUAGUUGUUUCUUGAUCAA